AUUACUGCGUUUACAGCUUCAACAUCAGCUAGUUAAAAAACAGUUCAAGCCUUAGACGGAGCCGAAUUUGAGUAUUGGAAAACGGCCUUGGGUAGCAGUGUUUGUUUUCUGUCCACGUGAGUUGAUAUGAAAUACACUGUCCCGUACCAAAACGUGAAUUCUCGCCUGAUCGACACGCUGUGGAAAAAAGGGAGUUUCAACAGGAGACAGUCUGUUUGAUUCAGUGAAGCCACAUUUAAACAUCCGUGAAAAAGCCAAUAAGGUUUAAGUUUGAGAUCGACAGAAAAUAUUAAUGCACGAUUUUGGUGGAUAAUCGGAUAAUUCAUCGAAUUGAUUACCCCCAAGCAUGUGGCAAAUAGUUUUCAAAAAGUUUGCAGUUUCCCUUUAAAUUAGGGUCAGGCCCUGGAAUCUCUGAGUUGGUUGCCGUGUUGACAACUUUGCUGUAUCCCCAAGGGAGAGAGGUCAGAUCUAAUGGCCGGGGAUUGUGGGUGUGGGUAUCUGGAGGUCAAGAAUGUGGCAGGCAUUUGGGCGACUUUUCGACGUCCAGAGACCGAUGUUGAAGAAAAGAGGAAAUUUCAGUUGUCGCACCAUACCUUUGGUUGUCGGGUGUUGAAGUUUCCUUAGUAUUGUCGGUGCAUAGGGAGUAACACGUUCGAGUUCAAGAAGUCGUUCGUGCAUCUGUAGACAAGUUGUGAGAUUUCAUUCUUGAUGGUAGAAAUUACACUAUAGUGGAAACCUACUACGAGGCUACCCAUGCAUAAGGACACUGACGAAGUGUCGUACUCAUAGGCUGUGUUGACUUGUCGAUGCAUGUCGGCAGAUUUACGUCCAUCUCAAUGGACCUUAUGAGAAAUUGUAACCGAGGAAAUGAAGAUUCUUUUUAUCAAGUUGUCAUUACGAAUUCGGUCAUGACUGCGAGGUUUGAUCAGCCACACAUCAUGUUAAUGAAAUGAACAUGUAAUUUUCAUUUCAUGAGGUUUGGAGAGACUUCAUUUUUAAGUAACAUUUCUGACAUGGGGGAGGUCACAGAGAAACGCCAAAAAAGCGAGCGCCCUCUGGCGCCACUGAUUCGCGCCCCCAAAGUAACCACUACAUUGCCACACCCACUCGCGAAGGCGACUUCAUCCGUAGAUGGCACCUCCAAGUUGGGACAACUCAAGCGACGAGAGAAGUUAAGAACAGUUCUUGCUAUGAUGGGCCGAAGCAGCAAGAAGACCACGCGGCUACGGAACAGAGACGGAGAGCCAAAGACGGACAAAUCUACACCACGGUCGCUGCUUGCGGAGCAUGUGCAAGGUAGUCUCGAUGAAGAUGGUUUGCAGUUGAUGAGAAGCCCACACCGACGUGGAGCUAUUGCUGACGGGAGGCUGCCGAUCAAGAGCCCUCGGCUUGAUACGGAGAAAAACAAUAGCCGGCCAGAACCUCCUAUCAGAUUAAGAAAAUUUGGAAAACUACAUACAAUGGCAAAAAUCAUUUUGCUUCUGCUACGCAUGUGCAGGACAUACAUUCUGACUGAAAAUGACGCCAAGAUGGUGAAGUUAUUCAGUGCAAUAGAUGCAGCGCAGGCCGGAGACAAGUACAAAAUUCGCGGGGAUCUACUCUUCGAUGUGACGAUGUUCCGAGCCAAGAAACAGAACAAAAUUUCCAGCGAAACCAAGCGAGUUUUGAAAACAUCACCACCUGUACGCACAGAAAAGGAUGUCCAUCACGUCCAAGUUGAGCUUCAGCAAAUGGAGUUUAUAACCAAGUAUCCAGUCCACAUGCAACGGAGUUUGAUCCGUGCUGGGGCGUUUGAGAGUUAUGAAACGGGCCGAGUUAUCAUCCGACACGGUCGGCGACCUUAUGCAUUUUAUCUCGUUCUGGGAGGCUCAGCUCUUCUGCUUGAAGGAGAUCCACAAAAUAGCGGCAGGCCUGCCGCUGCCUUGCUAAAAGGACACGUAUUCGGGCAUGAAGCAAUAAUAAACAGAGGUCGUCACAAUGUCACUGUCAUAUCAAAAGAGUACAUUGAACUGUUAAGUCUCACAGCCGAGGAAUAUUCCCGGAUAUUCUUGGCGGGUGGCGUGAGCAACAUUAGCGGUAUAGAUGGCAGCUGUUUCAUCGAAUCAGUUAGCAUCUUCAAAGGAUGGCCCCUACAUCUUCUUAAGAAACAUCCCAAAAAGUGCAGGUUCAAUUUCUUCACGAGAGGCAUAGUUAUCGAACAGGAUAGCAGCCGAAGUGAUUGGAUCUACAUCAUCAAAUCAGGUAGUUGUGCUGUCUUGAAGAAACUUCACUACGGGGAACCAUUGUCAGCCAAAAGGAAACGAAAUCUUCCAGCGAUUUCACUGCGAAGAGGAGCAUCACUGUCAUUGAGUCAUGAAGAGCAGCUAGCCAACAGACUAAGAGAUAUGCAAAAAAAGCGCGCAAAAGCUCUCAAGGGUAAGUCACGACGUCUUAAAGAUACACGACCUACGAAUAUCGUGAGGAUACCCAUGAUGGAAGACUCACUGUCGACUGAUCUCCUUGGUCAUGAACUAUCCACUUUGGAUCAAAAACCAUCACUGCCGAAUGUGAACCAGUGCGACAUCCUGCCUGCUAUCGUGAUCUCCCACUCCAGUCGUCCUGCUAGCUCGUCGUCUCAAGUGCUUUAUGAUUCAAUGGAGCACGGCCCGGAGUCACCGCAUUCACCAGCAGAUGGAGAGAUCAAGCCGGUAUUUUCUGGAUUUUCACGGGGUCCGUUUUUAACUCACACGAAACACCUUCCUAAAAUCAGCGAGGGAGGACAGUCUGGGGAGACGCCACACCACGAAACCGAUUCAAUCACAGACCUCGAGAAAAAUAGAGCGCCCUCAAGCCACUCCAGUGAUUCAGUCCAGUCAUAUUCCCACCUUGAAACCCAAGCCCAUCCCAAUCCAUCAUAUCAGCUGGAUGAUGGGCUAACCAACGACGAACAGUUUGCAAAGACCACCAACAUUGGGAGAGAUACCUUUGUACAAAUAGAUGUAUUGGAAUCGGGAGCAAUUUUCGGAGUCUCUGAUUUGGUUUUUGGCAAGCAACCUGGUCUUUGCCUUGUCAGUAAUGGAGCAGAAUGUAUCAUGGUAGCCAAGAAGUUCUAUGCUAAACAUGCCACAGAGGCAAACUUAAAAGCCAUCACAGAUCAUCUUCGCCCCUACCCUACUGAGGACACUCUCCUUCGAGACCUGCGGGAGAAGUUGACUUGGCAGGAUCAUCGGACUAAGACGCUAUCUGACACAGCGCACAACUUGAGACGUCAAAGAAGAGAGAGCCUUGCUGGAGUUGGUCUACCGAGACCACAAGCUGCAAUAAGCAUGAACAUCGGACCAUAAGCUGCUAAAUUGCUUACAAUCAUACUGAUUGGCCAAAAUUGUCUGAAGUGGUUGUUUUGAUUCAGCGAUCUAUUGACCAGACAAUUAUUUUAGCAGAAAUAUCAUGUGUCAUAUCCAAAUUAAGACUUGACAUUCAAACUUGCCCGAAUUACUUAUACAUGUACAACAACCCGGAAUGCUAUGUGGCAUUAAUAUUUUGAGUUGAUCGUGAUAUAAAAAUCAUGAAGUUACAUUGUACCUUACAAGACUUAUCCAAAGUACGCUUUCCCAAAUUAUCUCCAAUAAGAUUAAGUUUGGCAUUGAGAAUGGAAGAAGUAAACAUGUUUACGACGUACGCGUAGUAAACGAAUUGACUGCAUAAGAAGUAUACAAGGACUUUAACGAGAAAUAAUACAAUUCCACUUUUGUCGCUAUACCCUGAAAGUGACAGGGAACUGCAUAUAAAAUUCAUUACCGUGAUAAGAAGAGA